CACACGUUCGCUUGUCAUUAGUUUUCAUUUGAGUCGCGAAGCAAAAGGCAAGAAAUCAAGAUGAGCAAUAAGAUCGGGAAAAAUAAAGGAAAUCGAGGGCAAGUCGAGGACAUUGAGAUGGCCGAGCAAGUGGCAACCCAAAGCAGCACAGACGAGUUCGAACCCCUCGACUACGUGGCACAGCCAAAUGGAAGCCUGCAAACACACCAGGAUGCAGAGGGAGAGAAAAGCUCUUUGCCAGCAGUUCCAUCUGAGAUGACCGGACAUAUUCCAACAUCUGAGGAAAUCCUUCAGAUGGCAAAGAACGUCGAACCGGGUCGGCUCGAUCUGGAUCGGCCCGGCCCCACAUCCUCUUACAAGAGACCCACAACCCAUUACAAGAGACCCACAACCCCUUACAAGAGACCCACAACACCAAAACACUCCACACAGCCAAAACCGGCACAACCGGAUGUGCCGCCUGAAGUAGAACAAGUCAAUGCUCUGCAGAAUAAAUUGCCAGAGACCUCCCAGCAAUUGGUUCCAUACUCGCAGAAGCUGCCGAAAGAGCAGACAAGAGCAGUUGCAGUUGCCUCGGAGGAGGAGGAGCAGGUCUUGAACGUGGAAGAGCAACGGCAGCCUGCAGACAUUGGAGAUGUGCAGCCCAAGCCACAAGAUGAAGCCGAGUGCCAGCAGUGGCUGCAGCAGACUAGCCAAAUCCUGACAUCCCAGUACAAGUCUCUGCUGAGGGAAGACCGAUACCAAGUGGGCAUUGGUUUCGAGGAUGAAAUUGAAAAGGAAUCGACCUUGCAAGAAAAUGGCUCCCAGCGGAGCCACCCCUCAAUGCUGGACACUUUCGAGGACAUUUGCGAGGAAACCACAAGCGAGCAUCGCGAUCCGCAGGCCAAAACAUUGCGCAGCAAAUGGGUUGAGCGAUUUGGCGAGGGUUCGCGUCGAAACCUGUGCCGCAAGCUGGACACAAAACUUCCGACGGCCCGCUCACAGUUACUGCUCAGGUUUAAUAUAAUGUCGCAACGGAAAAGGAAGACCUUGGAAACCCUGACCUUUCGGAUUGAAUUGAAGUAUUCCAGACAUUUUUGCACGCUGCACUUGAACCAGACAAUCGAUCUCAAGUCGGCGGCCAGCAAACUGCAACGAUUCGGCAGCCUCUACAAGAAUCACAUCGAUGUCCUGCAAAAGUACCAGAAUCAUCACCAGUACUCGGAGCUAUGUCGGAUAUCGUGGCUCUGGCCAAAUGGCACCCUAACUACCAUCAAUGGCUGUCACGAAGACAAAAGAGAUUUGAUCGAUGUGCAGGAGAAACUACUGGCCCCCAUAUUGAAUGUUCCCCACUUUAAAGCGGCUCCAGGGCACAACGCGCAGUACCUGCGCUUGCGGUCCACGGCCAAUUUUGGCUUCAAUAUCGAUCUAAAGAAGUUCGGCGAACGCUAUGUGCUGUCCACCCAGACGUGCCGCGAUUAUGUCUCUUCGCAGUAUGUGUAUUAUGUGACCAGUGAAAUACCAGGCGUGGUGGCGAAGCUGCAUGACCAUGGGCGUGUCUACGUGUAUGCCAUGACCAUCCAGGAGGCGGACAACUUGUUGAUAGGACUAUACCGCCUGAUCUGCAAUCACCGCAUCAUCGAGUGAAUGCUGAGCCCACAGAGGACACGUAAAGGGAGAAUAUGUGUGGGAACUACCUGGAGCAGAUACCAACCACAACGCUUAAUGAGCCCACAAGAAGGAAAAACACUCCAAAUAACACAGAUAAAUGCAGAUACAAGCAACAGAAACUGAUCCAGAUGCAGAUAGAAAUACAACCAUUCAGAAUAUAUGUAUCCCUUGUGUGUAUCCCUUUUGCUAUCAGUGCUCGUGCGCUA